ACCCGAAGGAUAUGACACGAAAAAUCUAACUUGAAAAAUAACAAAAACAUAGAAGUGUAAUUUCUAAGGCUUACUACUUUUUUCGGGGAUUAUUAAAAAAGUAUUUCCAAAUAAAUAUUAACUAAUUUUAAUACAAAAAAGUUUCUAAGAAAAGUACAGUAUAUUGGUUGAGAAAAAUGCAAAAAAUUUUAAGUCAUUUUAAAAUGUGUAAUUCUAAGACCAUUUCAAUUGUAUUACUUUUUUGGAUUGCUACCUCACAAGCUGUUAAAUGGAAUGGCAACUGGGCUAUGGAUUGUGAUUUUCCUGAGCAUGACUUGGCUAAUGUCACAACAAAACGACCUGAGUGUGGGGGUAGAUGCUCCUCCACACCCAAGUGUACUCAUUUUUCCUGGAGCAGCUAUAAUGGUGGAACUUGCUGGAUGAAAUAUGGGACUGUCUCAAAACCUGAUGCGGUAAAUAGUGAAAAAGACAUGAUGUGUGGAAUUAUUAUUAAAAAAACUAUUGAAUGGAAUGGCAACUGGGCUUUUAAUUGCGACUUCCCUGAACAAGAUUUGGCUAAUGUAACAAUAGAAUCACAUGAGUGUGGGGGCAGAUGCUAUUCCACAUCUGAGUGUACUCAUUUUUCUUGGAGCAGCUAUAAUGGAGGAACUUGUUGGAUGAAAUAUGGGACUGUCUCAAAAUCUGAUGCUAUAUCUAGCGAGCAAGGCAUGGUGUGUGGAGUAGUUAAAGAAAAAGGUAUUGAUUGGGUUGGCAGUUGGGCUAGCAAUUGUGAUUUCCUUGAGCAUGACUUGGCUAAUGUUAAAAUAAAACGACACCAAUGUGGAGGCAGAUGCUCUUCUACACCUAACUGUACUCAUUUUUCCUGGAGCAGCGAUAAUGGAGGAACUUGUUGGAUGAAAUAUGGGACUGUUUCUAAGUAUGAUGCAAUAAGUGUCAAGAAAGACAUGAUGUGUGGAGUAAUAUAUGAAAAAGCUAUCAAAUGGAAUGGCAACUCAGCUAUGGAUUGUGAUUUCCCUGAGCGCGACUUAACUGAGGCCAUAAUAAAACAACAUGAGUGUAGUGGCAGAUGCUCUUCUACACCAGACUGUACUCAUUUUACAUGGAACAGCUUAAAUGGUGGAACUUGUUGGAUGAAACAAGGGGUUGUCUCAAAAUCUGAUGCUAUAGCUAGCGAGAAAGGCAUGAUAUGUGGAGUAGUUAUUAAAAAAUCAUUAUCUAAAACAUCUAUCAUCACUGUUGCGGUUCUUGUUCCUGUUGUUAUUGUACUUGCUGUUGUUAUUGCAUUUCGAAUCUGUAUUAAAAAAAAAGUUCAAUUCCAAAAAACUAAUUUGCAUCUUAAGCAAUUACAAAACGAAAACAAAAACGGUUAUUUAACAGACAACUGGAAAAUUUCUCCUAAUUACAUAAUUUUUAAUAAAAAAGUUGGUCAAGGAGCAUUUGGUAAUGUUUUUAUUGCAAAAAUUAGUUCCAGUGUUCUUGCUAAAACUUGUUAUGCAAGUCAAACUGGUAUGAUUUUACAUGGUGUAAGAGAAGAUUCUGCUGUUAAUGUUGCAGUAAAACUUUUAAAAGAUGAUGCAAGUCAAUUGGAGAUUAAUGAUUUUGGUAAUGAAAUUAAUCUGAUGAAAGGUAUUGGGUAUCAUAAGAAUAUCGUGAAUAUGAUUGGUUGGUCCACAGUUAGGAAUCAAUUGUGUUUAGUAGUUGAAUUUAUGGAAAAUGGAGAUUUGUUAAAUUUUUUGAGAAAUAGACGAACAAAACUUAUAGCUUCAAUUUCGGAGGGAGAUUCUUCAAAAAUUAUGUUUACACAGAACUACCAAAAAUUGCUUGAGAAAACAAGUUUAGUGCACGAAACUACCCUAGUUAACACUGAGUCCAUGACACCUAAUGACUUAAUUUGUUUUGCGUGGCAAGUGGCAUCGGGAAUGGAAUACCUUUCGCUUAUUAAACUGGUACACCGAGACCUUGCUGCAAGAAAUAUCUUAGUUAGCGCUGAUAAAAAAGUUAAAGUAUCUGAUUUUGGUUUAACACGUCAAGUCAACGAUGACUUGAAUUAUACGAGCUGUACUCAUCGCCGUUUACCAGUUAAAUGGAUGUCAGUUGAAGCAAUAUUUGACCAAAAGUUUACGACAUACAGUGACGUGUGGGCGUAUGGCGUUGUUUUAUUUGAAAUUGUAACGCUGGGAGGAACUCCUUAUCCUGGAUUAAGUAAUUGUGAGCUCCUUGCUCGUUUAAAAACUGGUUACCGAAUGGAGCGACCGGAUAAUUGCUCUCAAAUCAUGUAUGAUCACAUGUUACAUUGUUGGAAUGAAGAUCCAUUAAAACGACCCAGCUUUACCGAGUUACGCGAGUUGUUUGAAGAAGUGUUAUGUCGAGGUGGACAUUAUUUUAGCUUUGAAAUCAACGAAAAAAAUAACUAUUAUAGCGUACCAUCAUUCAAUAGCAUUUCUUCUGAUACAAACGAUAACUUACAAGAAAAAGAAUUUUUACAAAAGCCUGUUUAUUCGGUCGAAGAAAUGAACUAAAAAGUUUAUGAAGUUAUGGAAGCUUAAUUUUACUUAUUCAAGAAGGAUGAAGAAAGAACGUCAAACAAACUGGUUUGUGAUGAAAGGACAUCGAACAAUCUGAUUUGUAACACCUUUGUUUUCCUCGAAUAUGCGUACUUGACAAUUUAUUGUUUUAAAGCGCCACGUUAGAGAAAAAUAUUUUGUUGGAAUUUGCAGAGUAUUAGUUAUUUAUGUUAAUUUCAUUUUAUAUAUUUAAAGUAUAAAGCAUAAACGAAAGCAUAAAAGAAUUUUAUUAUUUUUGUGAUAUUCGGUUCUAUUUUGUGCAGAUCGUCGUCAAACGUUAAAUAGAAAUAGCUAAAACCACUUCAAUAAUAAAUAAAACGUCAAAGACAUUAAAAAGAAGCCACAAAUGAUCAUACAACAACAUCAAAUAGGAAGUUAGCAAUUAUUAUUGUUUAUUUUUUUCGAUAAUUUUUCCUAAAAGAGUUUCAACUAUAGACAUUUUUACACUAUUUUCACUGUUAAAAAGUGUUUCAAAAUUUUUAUUUCUUGUUACCAUGAGGCGUAAUUGAUUUUAAGCGAUUCUUUAAUCUGUGUUUUUCUCGCUUAACGUUACACCUUUAGAUGUGUCCAGUUAAACUUGCCAUCACAUUCUCCACAAUGUUUAGUUGCACCGGAUGACUUUAACAUUUUAUACUAUUUAUUUGAUUUUUAUGAUUUUUGUAUAUUUUCUAUGUAAUGUUUGUAUAAUAUUUAUUUGUUAUACAGUAAAUUAUUUUUUUUAAAUGUUGUAAAGUUAUUCAUAUUAAUUUUAUUUUAUAAUAGAAAAUGUUUUGAAAACGAAUAAUGGCAAUUAUAGAUUUAAAAGUAUAUAAAAAUUUUUU